GCAGCAGCAGCAUCGUGAGGCGUCUGCGGCGCCGGGGCUCUGGUGCCGCGCUGAAUUCCUGUGCACUGAGGCGCCCGCGGCAACCGGCGACCUGCCUCAUCCUCCGCCGGGCUCCAGUGGAGACGCGCCUGUCUCGCAGAGUUCUUUUGACUCAAGUGAUGAUCAAUGGAAAUGCUAUUCAAGAGCACAGACAGCUUCCAUUGUAGCCGACAGGCUGUUAUCGGAAAAAAGCAUGCAACUUUAAUCCAAAUAUCUCUGUCGCUAGAGGAGCUUACACGUGCAUUACUGUUAUUUCUUCCAGCAUGAGAGUUGAUGAUAUAUGUUGAAGCACUUGAUCCUUCUCAGCCCACUGAGCCCCAAGAUGGAUAAGACAUACUGUAUGUCACCCAAUUAUUGCUAUUUCAGCCUAAGAAGUGUAUUUUCAAAGCAGCACAAGGAAGGUGUUAUUUUCACCAGCUAGGAAAGAACAAGGGCAAGAUUGGUACGAUGGAUGAAUCUACAGAGGUAUCAAUUGAUGGGAACUCUCUUAUAAAAGCUGUCUAUCAAAGCAGACUUCGUCUCACAAGACUGUUAUUGGAAGGUGGAGCAUACAUUAAUGAGAGUAAUGACCGAGGUGAAACACCUUUAAUGAUUGCUUGUAAGACACAGCAUGUUGACCAACAGAGUGUUAGCAAAGCAAAAAUGGUUAAAUAUCUGCUGGAAAAUAAGGCAGAUCCAAAUAUACAGGACAAGUCUGGAAAGACAGCUUUGAUGCAUGCAUGCUUGGAAAAGGCUGGCUCUGAAGUGGUUACUUUGUUGCUGAAAAAUGGAGCUGACUUAAGUCUACAAGACCAUUCUGGUUACUCUGCACUUGUUUAUGCAGUAAAUUCUGAAGACAAAGAGACCUUGAAAGUUCUCCUAAAUGCUUGUAAAGCAAGAGGAAAAGAAGUAAUCAUCAUUACAACAGACAAAUCUCCAUCUGGAAGGCAGACAACUAAACAGUACUUAAAUGUGCCUCCUACUGACACUGAAGACUGCCAUUCUCCAACUGCUUGCACUUCUCCAUCAGAAAUAGAACUCAAGUCAUCUUUAUCUCCACUUUCAAAUUCAUGUGAAACAGAAAAUCCUCUUUUUAGCUUUAAAGAACUAGAUCAGCCUGGAAGCAUUGAAAAUAUAUCUGAACCACUUUCUCCUACUGGAAAACCAAAUUUAACACAUGUAGGACCCAAGUUGGCACAAGUGCAGCGUCUGCAUUCUGAGACUUGGAUAAAAAGUUCAUCUUUGUUCCAUCAGAAUAAAAUUUCCUCUUUACAAGAACUUCAGGAUAUAACUCCAGAGGAAGAACUGUCUCUGAAAAUCAAUGGUCUAGCCUUAUCCAAGAGAUAUAUUACUAGACACCAAAGCAUUGAUGUAAAAGACACUGCACAAUUGUUGAAAAUAUUUGAUCAAACUGGCUCAAGAAAGUUGUCAUGUGAAGAGAUAAAUUCUCAAUCACUGUAUGCUGAGGGAAACCAUAGCCAGAGUGAAAUUCCUGUGGAUCAGGAUUUGGAUUCAGUCCAAAUGAGAUUUGUUUCAACCUUGAGAAGUAUUUUUCAAAAAAGAAGUUUAGGGGCAAAUCACUACAGCUCUGAUUCUCAGCUAACAAGUAGUUUAAGUCCUGCUAUUACAGAAGAUGGUAAAUCAUUUCUAGGAAAGAAAAAGAUUCUCUCUCCUUCUUCAUCCUUGUUAUCAAGUUCCAGAGAAUUACUAGAGAACAUGCCUCCUGGUCCUCUGAAUAGGAGAAGCCAUGCUAUUUUAGAGAGACGAGGGUCAGGAGCUCUCUCGUUGGAUCAUAUUGCUCAUACCAGGCCAGGUUUCCUUCCACCUUUAAAUGUGAAUCCUCAUCCUCCAAUUCCAGAUAUUAGUUUUAGCAACAGGAUUUCUGGAAUUGUUUCUUUAGGACAAAAAAACCUAAUUCCUACAGCACCCACUUUUCCCAAGGAGUUUAAAAGUAACAAAAUGUUGGUAAGGAGACAAUCAUUACAAACUGAACAGAUUAAGCAAUUAGUGAAUUUUUAACAGGUUACUAACGUGUUAACAGAUCUUCAGGGGGUAGCCGAGUUAGUGUGUACAGGUAAACUGAAAAAACCACAAGUAGUCUGGUAGCACUUUAUUGACUAACAAAACAUGCAGAUGGUGUCAUGAGCUUUCGUGGGCACGGCCCACAUCUUUACAGAUGUAUUCAUUUAGCAUAAAUAUACCAAAAAACACAUGACCCAUGCAUAAUGCUUAACAUGGGACUCUUAGAUGGACUCAGAUUAGAUUCAUCUUAGAUUUAGCAGAUAAGUGUGCUCAGAUAAAUUUACACUGAUUCUAUAGUCUGAAAAAUGACAAAUAUUUAUAAUAGAAAAAAUACUAAGGGCCUGUCUGAGUCCCUGUGACCCAAUACUUUGAGUCAUUGACACAAGAUUUGAUAGAAUUUCACACCGUUAGUACUCAUUUUUCACAAAUGUAAAUGACUACAUAAAGUGCAGAGAAAUGGAGAAUUAAGUUAUAUGAUAGCUAUUCUCUACCUACAGUGAUGGAAUUAUUAUCAGGAGUUGAUAUUAGAAGAAGUUACAAACCCAUAAAGAGCAGAAUAGUUUUAAUGUGGGAAAAUUAUACAACGUAGCUACAAUUCUAAAGUAAAACAGACUACAAAACUGAUUCAAAAUAAUGUACAAUUCAUGUGUUUAUUAAGCAACAGCUUCAGUUUAAUUCAAUCAAUGUAGUGCAUUUCUCAAUCAUCUGAAUUAUUUUAAACACUGCAUAUUAGAUAAUGGAGUAACUUAUUGCUAAACAAAUAAAUGGAUAACUGUUUCAGCAUGAGCUGGACUAAAUUGUCAUAAUUUAAGAUUUCCAAAACGUGUGCUGCUUUUUCACUUAAAGUUCAGAUUCUGCCUUUGUUAACAUUAAUUCUAUGGCUACUCUAGGAUUUGGCUCUUAGUGUCAUUUUUAUCACCUCACUUCUAAGAAUCUGUACAUUAUUGUUUUAUUUUCACAUUUUAUACAAAUGAAUCUUUUAUUCUUAUGGAACAUGGUGAUUGUGAAUUACACUGAAACUAGAUCCUUCUAGAAUAAUCAGUAGAUAUUUGUGGUGUUGCAGCUUUAGUCCUAAUGCACAUAGAAUCAAUGUUUUCUAAAAAUAUUUAAUGUUAGUUAUUUUUGCCAUCUGUAUUAAGUUUCAAAUAGAUGAUAAACAUACAUUCCCUAUCAUCUCCUUUGAUGCAAAAACACUUGCUCCCCUGGACAAAGAAAUAUUAGUCACAUGGAAAAGAUAGGGGUAUAGUUUGCAUUCAUGCAGAAUCUAACAGUCUGUAGCAAAUGCUGGCCUCAAACCCCACAGAUUUUAGAGCAUAGCAUCAGCUUUUCUACACUCUGAGCCUGGGCCCUCUAAUCCAUGGCAGCAUGACUGCCUGGGUGGCCAAGUGAUAUUGUCAUGGAUUCCUAUUCCUUGGCUAUAUCCUAGCCUUCCUAAGAGCAGCUAGGAUGAGAACUGUGAUUGGUAUAAGUACUGGUGACUGAGGAGAGUAUACAUUGUAGAAAUCUGAUCCCUUCUUUCUACCAUAUCUAACUGUAUUCAAGAAUGAUUGCCACAUUUGUCCUUAACUUUGCACAAAUGACUUCUGCUCUGAAAAAUGUGUGUGUGUUUUAACAGCUUUUUUCAAAGCCAGUGUUUUGAUCCAGACCAUUCUUCCAAUGAAAAGCUCGUCACUUGCAGUUUGGUAAGUCAAGCACUCCACUAUUAGGCAACUAUAAUUCUGAAAUUUCCCAUGGAUUUCAUAGCAUUGGCUAACACCUGAGGACUCAGAAAUCAGAAUAAGAAGACUGGAAGGGACCUUGAGUGCAGUCUCCUGCACUCAUGACAGGGCCAAGCAACAUCUAGACCAUUCCUGACAGGUGUUUGUCUAACUUGCUCUUAAAAAUCUCCCAUGAUGGAGA